GCUCCGGCCCUUCCGCACUUUUGUGGGGCUGGGUGCGCAGGCGCAGUGGGGGAACUCUGGAGUGGGGGUAGCGGUCGCGUAUCAAGUUGCUCUCUGUCCGGGCAGAAGAAGCCAGGGCGCAGAGGGUCCAGGCUCUAUCUUGCUCCCCCCUACAUCAGUUGGAAUAGAAAAGUUUGUGAAUUGGGCCCCCAAGUUUGGGGGGACCCGGGAUUGCGGCGUGGGGUGACAAAGGAGGCUCGUUAGAGCUUCCCCCAUGGAGCCCACCCAGCCUGCAGAGGAUCUCAGCCUGACCCAGCAGCCUUCCACCCCAGAAUUUGGGGACCCUGAAGACCCUCAGGAUGAGGCCCCUGAUGGCUCAGACACGGUGGUCCUCAGUCUCUUCCCCUGUACUCCAGAGCCUGGGAAUCCUGAACCAGAUGCUGGCAACUCCUCACCUCAGGGCAGCUCCCUGAAGCACUCCACAACCCUCACCAACCGGCAGCGAGGGAAUGAGGUCUCGGCUCUGCCGGCCACCCUGGAUUCCCUGUCCAUCCACCAGCUUGCGGCCCAGGGGGAGCUGAGCCAGCUGAAGGAGCACCUGAGGAAAGGCGACAACCUCAUCAACAAGCCGGACGAGCGAGGCUUCACCCCCCUCAUCUGGGCCUCUGCCUUCGGAGAAAUUGAGACCGUCCGCUUCUUGCUUGAGUGGGGUGCUGACCCCCACAUCCUGGCCAAGGAGAGGGAGAGUGCCCUGUCACUGGCCAGCACGGGUGGCUACACGGACAUCGUGGGGCUGCUGCUGGAGCGUGACGUGGACAUCAACAUCUAUGACUGGAAUGGAGGAACGCCACUGCUGUACGCUGUGCGCGGGAACCAUGUGAAGUGUGUGGAGGCCUUGCUGGGCCCAGCCCACUCUGUAGCCCUGCUCUGCUUUGCAGCCCGAGGAGCUGAUCUCACCACGGAGGCAGACUCUGGCUACACCCCGAUGGACCUCGCCGUGGCCCUGGGAUAUCGGAAAGUGCAACAGGUGAUCGAGAACCACAUCCUCAAACUCUUCCAGAACAACCUGGUGCCCACCGACCCCGAGUGAACACCGUCUGCCGGGUACUCAGACACUCAGGGAACAAAAUGGUCAACCCAGAGCUGGGGGAACCCAGACCUGGCUUCAGAGGCAGCUCCUGGACAGACGGUGGGAGAGGGCCCUUUCUGAGAGGAAACAAUAAACCUUCUGUGCAGAACUUG